CACUCAGGGUGUUUAGCUAGUUAGCUUAGCCGCAUGCGUGAAACACCGGCUGUUACAUCUGACCCCCGGCUCCUCUACUGGCUGGGUUACUAAUUGGUCUGUUUAUGCAUGUACUUAAGAUAUUCCUCGUUCCGAUUAACCCAUUUCUGCCUGACACCGAGUGGACGGCUUUAUGUUGCAAUAUGGAUUAAAUCAAGAAGCAAGUAUUGCAAUCGAGGCCUUUCCCCACCUGCCGCUCCUGAGCCAGAUUCCUUCAUGCCGCUUGUCACACAGAGAUCCUCCCAAAGAACUCCUCACCAGCCCGGAUCCCCAGCCCGACCCAAGCCCAGGGCCUCUGGUGAAUAGCUCCCACCCCGGGGGCCAGGGCCCGCCGCCUGUGGCCCCCACGCAUUGCUGCAUGAGCGGCUGCCAUAACUGCGUGUGGAUUGGCCACGCCGAGCAGCUGCUGGCCUACUACCGCGACGGGGGGGAGAAGGCGCUGGCCGCCAUCGAGGAGAACGUCCAGGACGAGAACCUGAAGACCUUUCUGAAGAUGGAAGUCAAGCUUAUGAAGAAACCAUAGUGACCUUUCUGUCUACGUGCAUCAGUGUGUAUGGGAGCCUGUGCUGUGCAUGUAUACAUAUGUAUUGGAGAUGCUGUGGGGAGAGAACUUUGUGGAAGCCAGUGUGGAUUUUUAUUUAUUAUUUUUAGAUGUAUUCACUAUUAAUUAUGUGACCUAACCGAACUGUCUAAAACCUAUAGGCAGAGUCAGGGCUGAAAAUCGGUCGCCCUUGCUGAGCAGCGCGCAUCGCCGCCGCCUCACCCUACGGGCGAAACGUCCGUGGAGGUAAAAUGCGCACAUAUGCGGUCAGACCAGUCCUGUAUUUACGUUUAUACCCAAUGAGUCAAUAAAACUGAGUGUUGGGGUUUUAAUAAAAUGUAUCCACAAUCCAGUGUA